AUGUCGCCUCGUCGCUCCUCGCGAGCUCGCACCACCCAGCCCUCUCCUGUCCUCCUCCAACACACCCACUCCUCUAGUUCCUCUGCCUCCCUCACCCGCGAAAGAAGUACUCGCUCAAAUCAUAAAAACCCUUCUCCUCAGGGUUCAUCGGGACAUCGCUCCCAGUCCAUUGAAGACGCCGAAAGUGGCUCUAGAGCCGACCUCCCGCACACGCGCACGCGCCAGCGCGCCCGAGAUGACGAUGACGAACCUCCUCGCGAGGAUGAUGAGGAGGACCCCGAAGAUGAUGAAGAGGAGGAAGUGACUCGAUGUAUUUGUGGACAGCAGGAAUACCCAGGCUUGCCUCUUUCCCGCCGCGAAGCUCUGAGUCGCGGUGCCAUCAAGUUGGAGGGCCACCCAGCCACGGACUCCUCCGACAUGCUGCCCGAUGAUAUCGGGAGCAUGUUCAUUCAAUGCGACUCAUGUAAGGUCUGGCAACACGGUGGUUGUGUGGGCAUCAUGGAUGAAGAGACGAGCCCCGACGAAUAUUUCUGCGAGGAGUGCCGGAAGGAUUUGCAUACGAUCCGGGAUGAAGUCAAUGGCUCGCGUUCCUCAACCUACCUUCCCGUUGCGCCGGUCACAUCACCGGCGCCGUCCUCUCGCGCUUCUUCGAGGGAAGCUUCCCGACGCUCGAAAGACCCUAAACAACGUCUAAGUGAAGGCGCAGCGAAUGCCAAACGGCGGUCGACUAUGAACAGCCGGGAUGCCGCCUACGACGAAGAAGAACUGAUUCGGCGAGCCAUUGAGGAGAGUAAACAUGAGCACGGAACUCCGGACGACGAUGAGACUACACGUCGGACCAAGCGGAGUCGAAGUGAAAGUGAACCAAACAGACAAGGUUCUAAGCGCCCUCGAACCACCUCUCCAUCGCCAACUGCCGUAUCGAAGCAAGGUAUCUCAGCCUCGCAAGCUCCGUCCGAUGACGAAUCUAAGUCCAAAUCAACGAACGGAACCCGGCGACAAAGGGCCAAUUCCCGAGGCCAGCGUGAGAAAGAGCCUCCCCAAGAACCCGAAGAAGUAGAGCCGGAGGUCCCAGAGACUAUCAUUCGCCGCAAAGAGAGGUCGAACCGGCGCAAAGGAGAUGAAUCCGAGCAAGAAACUGGAUCUCCCACGAAGACAGCACCGAUCGAGCUCGAACCGGCUCAAGCAAGCCCGAAUACCCCAACACCACAAGAGCCGCCGCCUGCUCGCCCCUCGACGCGCAAAUCCGGGCGACCCCCAGCGCGCCGAGGCGGCCGUGUCCGAAAUAACCAAUACACAAAAGGCAGCGACGUCAAUGGCACUGGCACCGAAUCACCCCGCCGUGGCCAUUCCCACGAAAUCGGCGCCGAUUCACCACGAGUAGGAUAUAUCGGGAUGAACGGAGCCCACAUGAACGGCGGAGACACAGGACGCCCAAGCAAGCCACGACAUAUGCACCCACAGCGAACAACAAUGAACGAGAUGAAGCGACGAGUAGCCGCCAUUCUUGAAUUCAUUUCUCGCAUGCAAGUCGAAAUGGCCGUUACCGGCGAGAACUCUUCCACGCCAACAGGCAGCAACGGCGACCGCACACAAGGCCUGCUUCUAAAAUCUAUGGUCGAGCAGAUCGAGCAAUCCAUGCCUAUGCCCAGCGACGGCGAGUCCGCCGCCGAAGACGAGCCGCACGAGAAAGACUUUCAUGAAUUAAGCAGCGUGGAGAUGAUGGACGUGCUCACGCGCCACCUUCUCAAGUGGCAGCAGGAGUUCGGCAAGUUCGGCGAGCGCUAG